UUGUACUUUCCGCUUGGAUUUCUGUUUAAAUUGCUUCCCCCUCUUGAUUAAAAAUGCAUAUAAUUGGAUUUGUAUUGUCUUAAGUUACAUAACCCUUACAAACGUCAAGAAUCUAGUCCGAACUUUCCGUGACAUCAAGUCAGGAGCCAUUGGCAUAAUAAUUUUUUUAUGUAGUAAAUAUCACCAAGCUAAUACUGCUGCCACUAUUGAUUUUGUUGCUCUUACACGCGUGUGGGAGAAGGUAAUGUCGCAGUGCUGAUUAUAAUGAUGACGGAGCGAAGUCCGAACCCAAAUCAAUAGUGUUCCUUGCGUACGACUGGGUAAGAGCAGCACAGCCAGCACACAUACAUACAAAGAUUGUGGAACGCUAUUCAGAAGUGUUGAAUUGGCAGUGGACUUACGAAGGGCGCACCCGAAAUUUACUGCACGUCCAAUACUCACUAUCACUAUCAUUAGUGAUAAGCAUUAGCUUUUAGAUAAUAUAUCUUAUUGCCCACUCACCUGGGCCAUGUUAACACUAAGGAAAUGUGAUUCUAGGCUUCGGAGCUGGCGUCAUCAGUUCCACCGUUGGAGCCUGACCAAAUCGCAGCCAACAGCCCAAAUUGGGCCUGUCGGAAGCAUCGAAACCACUGAAGGUGGGUCUAGAUUCUGUAUCCAAAUUGAGCGUCAGCCGCAACUAUCCGGAGAAUUGCUCUGCAGUUCCCGUUUACGGGUUCAAAGUUCAAAAUUUGCAGUGCGGAGCCUUCACACAAGUUCUGACUCAGCCAUGUUCUAUUACAUGUAUGCAUACCUUUCAAAUUUGCCGCGGCUUCAUGUGGUCGGUCUAGCCGUUGUAGCUUACGUAGUAUAUUACCUCAUCCAAGUUGUCAAGCGUCCCAUAAUUGCUUGCUCGGAUGGACCCUUUAAGCAAUAUUUGAUUCGCAAAGUUCCCACAUUGGAAAACAAAUAUUGGCCUACAUUCUGGUGUGUAGAAAGCCGUGCCCAGACUGUUAUGGCGAGCCUGCUGCGCUCGAAUAGUCUGCCACAUGUGAACUACCGUCGCGAGAUUUUGACCUUGAAAGAUGGCGGUGAGGUUGCCCUAGAUUGGAUGGAAGAAGGCUGCUCCCCGGAUUCACCCUGUAUAAUAAUUUUGCCCGGCCUGACCGGAGAAUCGCAGGCGGAAUAUAUAAAAUGUCUCGUCUUCGCCGCCCAGCAAUCUGGUAUGCGUGUGGUGGUAUUCAAUAAUCGAGGUUUGGGUGGAAUUGAGCUGAAGACUCCACGCCUUUACUGUGCUGCCAAUUGUGAGGAUUUGUGUGAAGUAGUUCAGCAUGUGAGACGCACCGUGCCCUCUCAUUGCAAACUGGGAGCCACUGGUAUCUCCAUGGGUGGCCUGAUUCUGGGAAACUACUUGGCACGCAAAAGUGACGAGGCUCGCUCCAUUUUCUCAGCGGCCAAAAUUAUCUCGGUUCCCUGGGAUGUGCACAAGGGAAGUGCCAGCAUUGAGAAACCAGUUAUCAAUAGCCUGCUGGGUCGCCAUCUGGCUAGCAGUUUGUGCCGCACUCUACGCAAGCAUUUGGACAUCUAUCGCGAUAUAUAUCGCGAUUCGGACAUCGACAUCCAACGCAUCCUGCGCUGCCGUACCAUCAAGGAGUUCGAUGAACUGUUUACGGCGAAGCAGUUUGGAUAUGCUCAUGUCAAUGAUUACUAUUCAGACGCCACUUUACACAACAAGCUGGACAAUAUUUCGGUGCCGUUGCUGUGUCUAAGUGCUGCCGAUGAUCCCUUUCAGCCCUUGGAUGCUAUCCCAAUAAAUGCGGCCAACAAUUGUACUCAUGUGGCCAUUGUAAUCACUGCAAGAGGUGGACACAUUGGCUUCCUAGAGGGAUGGUGGCCAUCAACCAAAGAUCAAUAUAUGGGACGACUUUUUACAGAAUACUUCACAAAAGCUCUAUUCGAUACGGACGGAGAAUUUCAGCAUACGGCCAAUGAAAUGCACGAACGUUUCCUCACCAAGCAGACUCUCGCUUUGGCCUCGACGACUCCGCUAGCAUCUGAAAAUGAAGCUAAUAAGGUCAAACUAAUGUAGCUAUAGAAUUGAUAUUCCUUAAAGUCGUACACCAGAUAUAGUAAUCGGCCGUAUACGUACCAUCCUAAACUCAUGUGAUAAAAGAAAACAAUUUGAUCAAAUUAAACUAACACAAACAAGAAAAAUAUUUUUGACUCUAUGGAGUACAAUUAAUAUCCAUA